AAAACCGUCUUCCGACUGCAUGCCUCCAACAUCCUUCGGCGGGCAGUUGCAUCUGGGAACGUGGUGAGACCGUGUCCGACGCCGGACUGCAUCAUGAAGAAGGCGUUUCCAGAUGCCGACUCUGCGAGGGGCUCAUGCCCGCUCUGUGGAAAGGAAGCAU